UUUGUUGUGAAAGUUAAAAUAUACGUUUUAUUUAGUCAACUUUGGCCAGCUGUAUUUACGGAGUAACACUGACAUAGUGAACUAUACUUAUAGAUAGAAGAUAGUCACAACGAGUAUAUUCAGCCUACUAUGGCCUAUAUAUUAGACCUGCAGUUACAUAUAGAUAGGUAGAUAUACAUUAGUGUAUAUACGAUCUUAGUAUAAGCAUAACGUUACAAAGAUUAUAAAAACAAUAAAUGUUUGUUUUUAUAGCUUUUUUUGUGAAAACAUUAGGCGUGACUCUAACAGGAGAUUAGAAUUAGUGAUUUAUGAUUCUGUUUACCGUCUGGCGCCGUUCUUAUAUUCCAAUUACAUCUCAUAAGUUGAAUAACUUGGAAUAACAGGAUGAUUAAUUCUAUGUUAUCGUCACAAUUUGGUAAAAAAACAAAGAAUAUUUACAAAACGAAAUAACUGUAUCAUCACGACUGUAAAAAAGCGUUGUUAAUUGUUAAAAACACGAGCAGAAAAAUAGGAUUUAGGGUCUUUACUGAUUACCCUUUCCAUAUAGUAGCAUGGGGGAAGGAUGGGACACAUAUAGCACACAAUAUCUCAAUAUCCUGAUCGUGUUUUAAACAAUUAACAGCAGUAUAUGGGGGUCGUGUGGAUGCCGUUUUAAAAAUCUUUGAAAAUGUUUUGUUUAUUACCAAAUGAGAUGUGAAAAUGGAAUGAAAAGGUGUCCUAUUUUCCCCCACGCUACUAUACUAUAUUUAUUAAUAAUCAAAACAAUACUGUUUUAAUGUUAAGUGUUUCUUAUUAUUCAAGGCAGGUGUUUAUGUAAUGUGGAACCCAGCAUUAAUAACUGUGUGGACAGUUUUAUCAAUUUAUGGAUUCUAUCGCGCGAAGUUAAAAGUCAGGGCCGUUGUGGGUGUUCCCAUUUUUAUUUUCGGGCUGUUAGUUAUCACACACUUGCCAUUACACAACAUUGAGCAUGAUUUACGCGACUUUUCUGAUUGGCAACACUCUUGUCCGUUGGAAGAAAAUAAAUACGUCGAAGAAGAAAAAGGACUUUGCGGUCAAAAACAAACAGAAAUCAUGAAAAUCAAUUUGGAGGCUCAAACGGAAAACGACACCUAUAGUUCGUCCAACUAUUUCAAAGCAUCUGAAAGUGAAAACGACAAAUUGAACGAAAAGUUACAGAAACAAUGCAAUGAGAUAGAACUGUCUAUAUUGUUACUUAACGCAUCUGAGACCACACCCAACAAAGACAAGAACGGUAUAACGAUUAAGAGUCCACAGUAUCAUGUUAAAUCGGACAGAGGAACAAGUGGUGACGUCAUGAAAAUGAUGUCAUCAAAAUCUAGCUCGACAAAUAAGGAGAAUCUAAAAGAACCUUAUGAGUCAAUGGUGGAUGGGCAUAGUUACAUAACUGCAACAGAUGCAAAGAAACUAUACAAGCAAGCGCUACCUGCUUGGGAAAUAGGAGAAAUGAGAGACCACUCUCGUAUUUGGUACGUGGGAUUAAAAGCAAAAAAGGCAAAAUGCGAAACCGAUUUGGAAUCAAAGGGAAAAUACGUAUUGGAGAUUGGAGACCAUAUUGAUUUUCGAUAUGAAAUAUUACAAAGUCUUGGGAACGGAACAUACGGAAGUGUCGUGAGAGCUAUAGACCACGGGGCAGAUGAAAACAACAAUUUGGUGGCUUUAAAAAUAUUCCACACUUUUAAACGCGGGGAAGAUUACGCCGAAUCAGAGAUAUUGGCUUCGGAAAUUGUAAAUAGAUUGGUAAAGUACCCAGAGUACUUUUCAACGUUUAAAAGAAAUUUCAAAUUUCGAAAUCAUUUGUGCGGAGUUACAACACUAUUGGGGGAUACAUUGACAAUGUACCGGGAAAAACCUUUACGGACCAACAUGGUACUGUUUGCAAAAUACGCCUCAGAUAUAUUGACAGGUCUUUACCUACUGCACCAAAAGAAAAUUGUUCACGGGGAUAUAAAAUCGGAUAACAUAAUGUUGGUACCAGGCGCUGAUAUAAAUAGUCGUGUUCUGGUCAAGAUUGGGGACUUCAGUUGCUCUUGUGUUUUGAACUCAGAAGAAAUAGGAUGCCCCGGCGCUUAUUUUCAAACCCGUCCCUAUCGUGCCCCUGAAGUUAUUUUAGAACUGCCUUAUGACGAAACAGUUGACAUGUGGAGUUAUGGGAUUUUAUUGGCUGAACUAUUUUUACAACAAAUGCCAAUUUUCGGGGAGAACCAAACUGACCAAUUGGCAGCAAUAAUGGAAGUAUUUGGGUUUCUGCCAGCUAAGAUGGUGGUACGGUCACGUAAAGUAGACGUAUAUCGAAGCGCGCUUCGCUACGUUACAAAGUCCGGUUUUCAGCGACGUCCUUACAGAAAACCGUUAUCAGUAAUUCUACGCAGUGCUCCAGCGCUUCUAGUGGAUCUUAUUAGGAAGUGUUUGCAACUUGACCCAGCCAACCGAAUCACUUCAAAAGAUGCGUUACGUCAUCCAUUUUUUAUCCAAUCACAACGUUCCAGCCAAUUUCGAAGACCAAGAUAUAUUAAAUCUAACUACUGGUUCUAAUUUUACAAUA